AUGGCGUCGACAGCCAUAUCUCUCCAACUCAGACCCAAACACAGGCCAUUUCGUAACCCUAACUUCCUUCACUACUUCUCAUCUUCAACACCAGACCCUAAUGCCGAACCCCAAAACCCCACCACUUCCACCUCCUCCUCCUCCUCCUCUUCAUCCCAAUCCCAAUCCCAAGCUUCUUUCUCUUCGUACUUUAGCGACGUCAAAGCCAGUCUCAAGCAUCAAUCCCCACCCCAACCACCUCGCAAACCAUUUUCUCUCUCCUCCCCCUCGAAUCCUCCGCAAGCACCUCCUUCAAAAGUGGCGGCCUCUCUUGAAGAAAUCCGCAAGAACCUCUCCGAAUUCCGCCGCCGCUCCGCCGCUCCACUCCCGGACGACAAAUCCCAAUCAUCUUCUCAAUCCUCUCGACACAUCUCAUUCCAAGAACUCUACAAGCGCAAUGUCAUCUCCAAAGGCGAAGAUUCCAAUACCAAUGAAGCUAGCAAAGGCGGAGGGAAGCUCUCUUUCGACGCCAUUCGCGAGAGCUUACGUCAUCUCCGAUCGCAGAAAAAUCAAGGGUCUGGAGGAAACACAACCAACGAUCCGAUGUCACUUUCGAGGUUCAAAGAGAGUUUUAAGCUAAGGCCAGUUGAUCCUAGUGUGAAGGAAUCGCCGGUGGUGAUUGGGGGGAGUGACAGGUUGCCCUCAUCGGUGUUUGGGAAGGAAAUGAGGGAGAAAAAAGAGACGGAGGUGACGGCGAUGACGACAGAGUUUUUGAGGAUGUAUAGUUAUGGGGAUUUGGGACAGAAGUUGAGGAUGCUGAGGCCAGAGGUGGCAAAGAAAGAGACGCAGAAGAAUUGGUUUUCGUUGGCGGAGUUGAACGAGAGGCUAAUGAAGCUGAGGGAGAUUGAGGAGAAAGAGUCGGAAUCGAGGAUUGGCGGGAUUUCAUUUAAGGAGUUGAGGGAGAGUCUGGCGAAGCUGCAGAUUUCGGAUGCUGAGAAGGCAAGGAAGACUUCGAUGGAGAGACUUAAUGUCUUGGGAACUGCAAGCUUCAUGUUGGCACCUCCAAAGGAACAUUUAGUCGAAAAGUAUUUCCAUCCAGAUAACAUGUCGUCUUCAGAGAAAAUGAAACUCGAGCUUAAGAAAGUCAGAGAUGAAUUAAAGAUGUCAGAAUCAGAUUGUGGAUCUUUUCGUGUUCAAGGUAAAGCAAUUUAA